GUUCAAAAACCUAAAUCCAAUCAGUUCAGACAGAUAAACAGGAACAAAAUCAACGGUCCAGAAGCACCCUGGUUCAACCUAAGCUGUGAACCACAAAAACCAGACCAGACACCCUCUUUUGCUAUAAAUACAUUCUUUAGUUCACACACCAGAAAAUACAGACUGACCUCUUCAAUGGCCUAUUAUGGAAGAAAAUACUCCAUCUUCGAUUCAUUCUCUUUAAGCCCUUUGCCUUACCCAGUUAUGCUAAUCCUAGCUCUCACGUCCGUGUUUCUCGGAAUAUCAACCUACCUUAACUACGAAUCAGCUGUGGAAUCUGCUGAAGAGCAAAUGAGUUGGGUGCUUUUCGCCACACCAGUAGUGUUGAUCAUCUUGGCAAGAUGGCUUUCGUCUGUGGAUGUUUUCGGUAUGCUGUUUGGUUCAUCAGCGUACCAACAUAUCCGCCGGACUCAUCAACUCUCUUCGGAAGGCACAUCGCCGUGGGCAGUGGCUGCUCUCAUUGUGUUGUUGUUAGUCCUGUUGCAGUACCAGUCAAUUUUUCGUGAGAGCUGGCUUGUAUGAUAAGUACUAGUACUAUAGUUUGUGAAACCAUGCUGUAAUUUUCUAUUUCUUUUAACUUGGUUUUGCCUUGUUAGAUCCAAUGAUAUGUAUGCUAGUAACAGUUCUGAAAACAAUAAGACUGAGGGUGGAUUUUGCUUAUUUUAUUUAA